GCCCUGGCAUGGCACUGCCAUCCUCACUGGUGGCAGAGAGGCCAGUGCUGACCUCCCUGUGCCCAUCCCCAUGAUAGGCUUGUCCCCAGGAGACUGUGGCUGCUGCCGGUGGUGCCCCCAGCCCAGCCUGGGCACACCACUGCCACCCAGCUGGGCUCCCCGAGAGCCACUCCAGGACAGCUGUCCCGUCCUACCGGUCCCCCUGGCUCCAGGGAUGUGGCCAGGAUGCCACUGGGGAGGCUGGGCCCUGCCUAGGUGUGGCUCAUUACCUGCAUGGCAGGAAUUACCUGGGCUCAGGCGACAGCCCUGCGCCCUCUGCCCCACCCGCGCACCUUAAAUCCCAGCCCACCACACCCAGGGCCAGACCCGGCCAUCCAGGGCACCAUGGAGCUGCUGCCUGGCUGCCUUCUCCUCCUCCUCCUCACUGCCCUGCUCCCCCUCACCACACGGUCCGGCCCGGCCCCACACGGACAUGGACGAGAAGAGCUGGGGAUGGGUGAGUGUGGCCAGGGCAUGGCCUGGGGACAGGGACACCCGAGUGCUGCUCUUGGCCAGUGCUCCCCUCUGCCCCUGUGCUGCCAGGUGCCUGCAGGGGUCUGGGGCUGUGGGUGCCCGGGGUCUGGCCCUGGGGCACUGGGGGGCUGCUGAGGCCCCUGCUCAGUGGCUCUCCCCAGCGUUCUGGCCACUGUGUCCCACAGCAAAGCCUGGGUACUGCUACUACAUCUCGGAGGUGGUGGAGGACCCGCUGGAUGAGGCCUGUGGUGCCUGCCACAGGGAUGCCUCCUGUGCCCGCUGCACCAGCGAUGCCGACUGCCACGGUGUCACCAAGUGCUGUCCCAGCAAGUGCGGCUACACCUGCCAGGAGCCAGUGCUAGACUUCUGCUACCUGCCCUCGGUCUGUGGGAACUGCAAGGCGCUCUUCCGCCGCUUCUUCUUCAACGCCUCCAGUCAGCAGUGUGAGGAGUUCAUCUACGGCGGCUGCGGCGGCAACAGGAACAACUUUGAGACCAAGGGCGAGUGCUCCCAGGCCUGUUCCCACGUCAGUAACUAGCAACGUGCCGUGGGCCAUGUGCCACAGAUGGAGG